CGAGUUUUAUGAGCCGUCAAAAUGGUUGCACCAAAUCGUCGCAACGGUGGGGCCCAAUUCCUUCUACUUUUAGCAGCCGUUAUCAACCUCGCUUUGGCAUCCCCUGCACCAUCGCUACAAAAUUUGAAGAAACAACGAGAGAAAGCAAAGAACAGGCUGUUUUCAACUACUACCACUACACCAGCUCCUUCUUCUAAUGAAUUAACAUGCGAGGAAAAGUUUAAAAACGCAGAAAAAUUCACUUUCAACGAGACAGCAUUGCACGGCGACAUCAGGAAACUGAUGAACACUUAUUACGAUUGGGGGGCUCUGUUGGCUCCGGCUCCAGUAGCUAUAAGCGUGUUGGGGAAGCUCAUCAUCAUGUCCACUCAGAGAAUGGAUUUUCCCAUCGAUGUCAAUUUACCAACCGGCGGUUUCAAGCACAUCAAGUACCCCAAGAGUUUCCGAACCACUUUACUUCAAAUCAGCCAUAGUGGUUACCUGGCCUUCCUCAAAGCUCACACCAACAUGGACAAGAUCCGAAUGUACAAUUCAAACGUGCCCAGCCACAUCAAGGACGCCACCCGCUACCUCAUGUCCAAACAAGAGCUUUACAUCGUCAACUUACUGCCUAUAUCGCUGGGACGCAUUAAAGAAGCGGCUGACCAGAGUAAAGAGCUUUCCCAAGAAGUGGUAAAGGAAUUUAAACUCGUUGUGGAGUUGAUUCAAGAGACCAUUCUAGCCGUGUCAGACACCAAGAGCGAUAAGGAGGUCAAGUUGAAAGGAGUUGAGCUCGACAUCCAACUCUCUGAAAUAUCACGCAACUUUUCCGAAAAUGAAUCAAAACUUUUAGAAGAAAAGAAUCAAAUGUUGAGCGGGAUGCUGAACAGUUUUGGGUAUCGCCAGAAAAACAUUUUCGUCAGGACUAUUUACGGCAAUGAAAAUUUUGUCAUCAACCUGAGCAAGGAAUGGCUGUCGCAAACCGAAGGACGACAUCUAAAGCACCGUGAAAUAUUUUUCAGUAAAAAUAAUUGGCUUUACAGUUACACCGAUGAACGCGUGGAAACCGACAAAUGUAUAGAACAGAAUAAUCAGCAACUAUUGGACCUAAUUAUUGUCAUGGGUCAGUAUAGAUUAAAAUACGAGUCAUGGCAAAAUUCGGACACAAUUUUUCCGUUCAGUGUGCAGAAGACGUAG